AUGGAGCGCGGCGAGGGCGCGCACGGGUCCCGGGAGGGCCCGGCGGGGAACGGCCGCCACCCGGGCCCGGCGCCCGGGGAGCCGCAGGCGGCCGCGUCGCUGCUGGCCCCCAUGGACCUGGGCGACGAGGCGCUGGAGAAGGCGGCGCGCGCCCGCACGGGCAAGGACCCCAACACCUACAAGGUGCUCUCGCUGGUGUUGUCAGUCUGUGUGUUAACAACAAUCCUUGGUUGUAUAUUUGGGUUGAAACCAAGCUGUGCCAAAGAAGUUAAGAGUUGCAAAGGUCGCUGUUUUGAGAGAACAUUUGGCAACUGCCGCUGUGAUGUUGCCUGCGUUGACCUUGGAAACUGCUGUCUGGAUUAUCAGGAGACGUGCAUAGAACCAGAAAGUAUAUGGACUUGCAGCAAAUUCAGGUGUGGUGAGAAAAGGUUGUCCAGAAGCCUCUGCUCCUGCUCAGAUGACUGCAGGGACAAGGGAGACUGCUGCAUCAACUACAGCUCUGUGUGUCAAGGUGAGAAAAGUUGGGUAGAAGGACCAUGUGAGAAUAUUGAUGAGCCACAGUGUCCGGCAGGGUUUGAAACGCCUCCUACCCUCUUGUUUUCUUUGGAUGGUUUCAGGGCAGAAUAUUUACACACUUGGGGUGGACUCCUUCCUGUUAUUAGCAGACUAAAAAACUGUGGAACGUAUACUAAAAACAUGAGGCCUGUAUAUCCGACAAAAACUUUCCCUAAUCACUAUAGCAUUGUCACAGGACUUUAUCCAGAAUCCCAUGGCAUAGUUGACAAUAAAAUGUAUGAUCCCAAAUUGGACGCCUACUUUGCACUUAAAAGUAAAGAGAAAUUUAAUCCUGAGUGGUACAAAGGAGAACCAAUCUGGCUCACUGCUAAGCAUCAGGGUCUCAAGUCUGGCACAUUUUUUUGGCCGGGGUCAGAUGUGAAAAUUAAUGGAAUUCUCCCUGACAUCUAUAAAAUGUACAAUGGUUCAGUACCAUUUGAGGAAAGAAUUUUAGCUGUUCUUAAGUGGCUGCAGCUUCCUAAAGAUGAAAGACCACACUUUUACACUCUGUAUUUAGAAGAACCAGAUUCCUCGGGCCACUCAUAUGGACCAGUCAGCAGUGAAGUCAUCAAAGCAUUGCAGAGAGUUGACAACAUGGUUGGCAUGCUGAUGGAUGGUCUGAAAGAGCUCAACUUGCACAGAUGCCUGAACCUCAUUCUCAUUUCAGAUCAUGGUAUGGAACAAGGCAGUUGUAAGAAAUAUGUAUAUCUCAACAAAUAUUUGGGGGAUGUUAAAGAUAUUAAAGUCAUCUAUGGGCCAGCAGCUCGACUGAGACCCUCUGAAGUCCCCGAUAAAUACUAUUCAUUUGAUUAUGAAAGCCUUGCCAUAAAUCUUUCUUGCCGGGAACCAAAUCAGCACUUCAAACCUUAUCUGAAACAUUUCUUACCCAAGCGUUUGCACUUUGCCAAAAGUGACAGGAUUGAGCCUUUGACAUUCUAUUUGGAUCCCCAGUGGCAACUUGCACUGAAUCCUUCAGAGAGGAAAUAUUGUGGAAGUGGAUUUCAUGGCUCUGAUAACAUAUAUUCAAAUAUGCAAGCCCUCUUUGUUGGCUAUGGACCUAGAUUCAAGCACGGUGUAGAAGUUGACCCCUUUGAAAAUAUCGAAGUCUAUAACUUAAUGUGUGAUUUACUGAAUUUGAUACCAGCUUCUAAUAAUGGAACUCAUGGAAGUCUUAACCACCUUUUGAAGAAUCCCAUUUAUAUCCCGAAGCAUCCCAAAGAAGUCCACCCCCCAGUACAGUGCCCCUUCACAAAAACCUCUCGAGAUAAUCUUGGCUGCUCAUGUGACCCCUCAAUUUUGCCAGUUAUGAAUUUUCAGACACAGUUGAAUCUGACCAUGGCAGAAGAGAAGCUAAUUAAUCAAAGCACUUUGCCCUAUGGAAGACCCAGAAUCAUCCAGAAGAACAGCACCAUCUGUCUUCUUUAUCAGCACCAAUUUGUCAGUGGAUACAGCCAUGACCUCCUGAUGCCCCUUUGGACAUCCUACACUGUCAACAGAAAUGACAGUUUCUCUACAGAAGACUUCUCCAAUUGUCUUUACCAGGAUCUUCGAAUUUCUUUUAGUCCUGUCCAUAAAUGUUCAUUUUAUAAAAAUAAUGCUGAACUGAGCUAUGGGUUCCUGUCCCCUCCACAACUACGUAAAGGUUCAAGACAAGAUCAUUCUGAAGCAUUGCUUACCACGAAUAUAGUGCCAAUGUACCAGAGUUUUCAAGUCGUGUGGCACUACUUCCACGGUGCCCUACUGCGCAAGUUUGCUGAAGAAAGAAAUGGAGUCAACGUCGUCAGCGGGCCUGUGUUUGACUUUGACUAUGAUGGACGUUAUGAUUCCCUCGAGAUUCUGAACCAAAACCUCAGACUCAUCCGUAAUCAAGAAAUUCACAUACCAACACAUUUCUUCAUUGUGCUAACAAGUUGUAAAAAUACAUCGCAGGCUCCCUUGCACUGUGAAAAUUUAGAUGCUUUGGCCUUCAUUUUGCCUCACAGGACUGAUAACAGUGAGAGCUGUGUGCAUGAGAAGCAUGAAUCCUCAUGGGUUGAAGAGCUGUUGAGGUUACACAGGGCCCGGAUCACAGAUGUUGAACACAUCACUGGACUCAGCUUCUAUCAAGAAAGGAAAGAGCCAGUUUCAGACAUUUUGAAGUUGAAAACUCACUUGCCAACUUUCAGCCAAGAAGACUGAUUUUUUUAUUCCAAAAACACACCAUAAAUAUUUUUGAGAGAAACUUUUAUUUUAUACAGCCCUGUAUUCACACUAUUGCAUUGUUUGGAAACUGUCGACCAGAGUUAGAACUGGGAAUCCUCUGUGAUAUGUACAUCUCAGGGAAACUUGCAGACUCGACCCAGCGGUAGGGGCACAUUUCUACUGAAUCUCGCACAUAUUUGAAUGUGUAAAAAUUGUAUGUGAUGUUCAAGUUCUGGGGAAUAAAGAAAGACCAUACCCAAAACUGCUCUUCUACUUCUCUUAAAGGAGAAGUAGGUGUGAAUAUCAUCUGGACACCAGAUAUUUGAAUCUUAUUACUGUUAAUAAAUUUUUAUAGAGCUGGCAAAUGCUAAACUAA